UUGGUCGACUCUUUGAAAAUUUUACUUGCACUUUGCAGACUGUCAACACCACACUGGAUCCUGACACGACAGGACAUGACAUGACUCGACUGUGCACAUGUGAUGUACAUGUAGUAAAAACGACAGCACAUGAAGUAAAAACACUGUUUUGUGCAUUGUGAAGAAAUCGAGAGCAGUAGAGGUGUAGUGAAGACUGAAGUCCCGAGCAGAAGGCCAGUUUUUCGCAGUGUCAGAGACUGUAGCCUGAUAUUUUAAAAAAGCCUCGUUGAUUCUGCCUUGCACGGCUGUGUGGCGAAAAUAUCCUUGUUUGCAAUUUGCCACGUUGCGAAUUAAUUAUUUGGACUCAGGAAUUACUGCUACUUCAUUACGAACAAUUCGUAGUGCUGGAAUAGCAUCUGGAGGAUAAGAUGUUUUCAUCAAGGACGGAAGACGAGUUGCUGCUGAGACUCACCGAGCUUGGCUUUGGACCAGAACUCUCCCAACGGGCACUACAAACAGGGUGUGAUAAUCUCCAGGAGCUUAUUGACUGGUGCUUAAGUCAAGAAAAUGCUGGUCAGCAGCUGGAAGAAGAAUCGUCCUCGCUUGAUGAACACCAGCCGCACGAGCCGCUGCCGCCACCUGCUGAUACGUCAACAGCUUCUCCACUUUCGAGGCCUGUCGCAUCAAUGGGUUUACCCUCGCCCAGUGAGCGCUUGUCCUCUUCAGCGAACCGGCACCAUUUUGCUGCUGAAGCCCAGGCGGAAUCACAAAGGCAGUUUCGGGAGAACGAAGCCAGGCGGCUACAGGCUGAUGCACGCAAGAGAAAACAGCUCAAGGAGGAGGCCCGCCGACGUGCUCUUGAAGCAAUCAAGGAUGAUCGUGAACGCAUGAAUGUGCGAACUGGCAAAAGCAGCAGACCUGCUCGAGAGUCACCCGUUGUCCGGGCUGCAGGAAGCAAGAUGGCCACCGCUGGAAAACCGGUGCGGGGUGGCAUGGGAGCGGCUGACCGAAACACCACCACACGGCUCAGAAUACAACUGCCAGGUGGCCAGACCUAUUCCAACACUUUUCAAGCAUCUGACUCGCUGGAGCUGGUUGUUAGUGCUGUUUGUACGCAGCACACAAGUCUUGACCCAGCUGAUGUUUCUAUAUUAGAGCCAUUUCCACAUCGAACCUUUGGCAAGGAUGACAUGGCAAAGUCGCUUAGAAGUCUUGGACUGGCACCGUGCACUAAGCUUGUGCUUGAGAGGACGUCAAAGUGUGGUUCGCAGGCCGUUGCACCAGCUGCUCCUCCCGUUGCACAUGCUGCUCCAGUCGACCAAGACAUGGAGGAAGAAGGCAAUGUCAAUGAAGCAGGUGUGGACGACGGCGACAACGACGAUGACGGCGAUUUCGAGGAUGAUGACGAUGAUGGCCACAAUCACGCCUUGCUUGGUCAGCACGUCUGGGGUGCUGGUCAUCAGCUGGCUGACGCAAACGCAGAGCCUAUGGAAGGAGUGGAAGCAGCUGAUGAUAAUGCCGACCAAGCUAAUCAGGAGCAUCAACAUGGCGAGCCUGCAUUUGGCCAGCCAGCAGCCAUACAGCACAAUGUGCCCCCGCACUUCGCCGCCCCACCGGCUGCAGCUGGAGCAGCUGGUCAUCGCAUGCCCCUGCCCCACCCGCCACACCCCAUUGCUGGUGACUUCAUAAACUUUGGGAUUGGAGCUCGGUUCCCUGGACACGGCCCCGCGCACCCAGGGCCCCCGAUGGGCCCCAGACCUGUGAGACCAGGCAUGCCUCCCAACGGUGUAUUUGGACCGAGACACAGGAUGCCGAUGCAUUUUGGAGUACAUGCCCGCGCACCGUUUGAUGGACAGGGCCAUCAGCUUGGUGGAAAGCCAUCAGGUCCGAACAUGGAAAACCAGCCUCCUGCAGCCAUGGCUGCCUCAAGGAGAGUGAAUCUGCAGGCCCCAUGUGUUAUGGCUGCAGGAGGGGCACCACCACCUCACGAUAACGUUCUCGUUGGUACAUCGGAGGUGAAAUCGCUGUCCUCGCUAGCAACCGCUGCUGCUGUACGCUACCUGCCUCAAGUCAUUAUCCGUCGACCCGCGUAUAGGUGCAAGGUCACAUCACAUGCAGCAAAGCAGCUCUUGGUCGAGCUGCAGCGCAAGGGCGUGCUCACCAAGAAACUCCUUCUGACAUUCUGCGGAAAGAAUGUCAGGCAGCUACAUCUGGACAACUAUCAGUACGCCACUAAUGAUUUCCUCUCGGCGAUCAGUAAAUUCACUGCCCUGUCUUUCCUUAGCCUGCAUGGCUGUCAGUUGAUCACUGACAGUGGCCUAACCGUGCUGAAGAAUAUACCAACACUGAAUUAUCUCAGUCUGGGUGGCUGUCAGAAUCUGCUCACCAGACCGGACUCCGUGGAAGCGUUCAGAAAUCUAACCCAGCUCACCUCGCUGGUGCUCGACUCUUGCCCGUCGGUAUCCGACGAGAAGCUGAUACGCCUACUUGCCUAUCUACCAUCUCUCACCAACCUGAGCUUGUGCGGCACGGAGGUGACGAGCAGGUCCCUGCAGGCCAUCUCUCAGAGUCAUCCUGGUAUUCAAGUUCUCUACCUAAGCUCUACAAAGGUGCACAGUCUAGCUGGAAUUGAGUUGCUCUCGCAGCUACGCGCUCUGCAUCUCAGCUCGUGCCGUCUUGAUGCAUCGACCCUGGCUUUGCUAGGCUCACUGAGCAAUCUGUGUGACCUGAGCUUGCUGCACGUACCUGUAGAAGCACAAUGCCUGGCCAAUGUCUUGAAGAGCUUGUCUCUUCAGAAGUUGGAAAUGCCUGACGCGGAGUGCACCACUGCUAGUGGUGUUGAGCUGUUGCGCAACCUAGCAGGAUUGUCGUUGGAGGAAAUUGACCUGCGCACAGUCAAGUCGGUUUGUGACGCUGGGCUGUGUGCGAUGGCCGAUGGCUCGGCGAGCGAUACUAUCCAGUCAUUGGUCCUGGACAACAGCAAACUAGUUACGGAUACGGGAGCAUCUGCUCUCAAAGAGCUGUCUAACUUGAUCCAGUUGUCAUUGAAGAACACAUCCAUCACAGACGCGUGUCUGGAGUCGUUCAGCGAGUUGCCAUUUUUGACCAUACUGAACUUAGCGCACACAGGGAUCACGGACGAUUGCUUAACCGAUCACACUGUCAACAAGCUUGAGAGGCUGGUGGUUCUAGAUUUAUCCUUCACAUUCGUGUCGAAUUUAGGACUGCGUAAAUUGGAACUGGCCGAUCUGGAAACUCUGAACAUCUGCCACACGAUCUGCUACAUAGGGACGCAAUCAUACAACUUUAAAGGCUGUCCGCGGUUGGAGACUAUAUUGAAUACUGAUCUUCAGUAUAGGCAGUUACCGGAGCCGCAGCAGAAUGAAUAACUGACUGCUGUUGGCACGGGGUGGUGUCAUGCGUGCAAAAGAAGACGACUGUAGCAGCAGCUGCAGAUACCCGUACACGGGACAGCUAAUCUUACCAUGCAGCGUACGUUUUGGCCUUUCCUGUUCGCUACUGGUCUGGUUGCUGUUAGUAUUUGUCUGCGCGUACACAUGGGUAGCUCCCUGUGUCACUGCUAGCAUACUAUCACACUGUGUGUGUGGGUGUGGGUGUGUGUACGUGUACGUGUAUGCAUGAUUGUGUAUCUCCGGUGCAUUUGUAGAUUUGCGUGCUGCUCCUGCGACAGACAUACAUGGGGUGUAUCGUGUGUGUGUGUGUGUGUGUGUGUGUGUGUGUGUGUGUGUGUGUGUGUGUGUGUGUGUGUGUGUGUGUGUGUGUGUGUGCGUACGUGUGUGCGUGCGUGUGCUCGUGCACACAUGUUUGGUUUCUUUUUUAACGUUUUGUGUUGUGUGCUGUUUGGUGUGUCUCCUAUCAUGAUUUCAGCUAUUGAUAUACUUGUAAUAUGAUCUUUUAUCUCUCUCUCUAAUGUUCAUGAAAAAAUCUAAUGUGACAGCUGAAUGGAUCGCUUGCUAUAGCGCAACGGUGCGUGGGAGUAACUAGAUCGUGCUCAACUUACUGCUCCUACGUUAUCUUUACAAAUACCAUCCUGAGUAACAGUCAUGUACUCUCUGCGUCUGCCACAUUUGUGUUCAAACUCACCCACUCUAGCUGUUAUGUUGCUUCCAUACUCUCUGUGUCCCUAGCUGCUCUUGCUGUUGCUUCCAUACUCUCUGUUUCCCUAGCUGCUCUUGCUGUUGCUUCCAUACUCUCUGUGUCCCUAGCUGCUCUUGCGGUUGCUUCCGUACUCUCUGUGUCCCUAGCUGCUCUUGCUGUUGCUUCCAUACUCUCUGUGUCCCUAGCUGCUCUUGCUGUUGCUUCCAUACUCUCUGUGUAGAUCUACCUAGCUGCGUCGACAUAGGUGUUCCAAUUUACCCGCUCUUGUUUUGAUGAUUGUGUGAUGUCCUGUCUGAAACAUCCUUGCUGCAUUUCUUUGUUCUAUACAGUAAUACGAUCAGGACUUGUUGUUGUUUAUUUAUUGUACAUUGCAUGACUUCAUCUUUGUUUUAUGGAAGAACCGGGUUUUAAUACCAGUGCGCCCUAA